AUGGCUCCAGCCUCGGCGUCACCUUCACCGCCCGCACAUCAGGAAGAAGCCGCCUCUGCUGAUGCCCCCUCGACCCGGCCGAAUCCAUUCGACGACAGCGAGCUUUCCUCCCGAAAGCGCCGUCGCACCUCUGUUUCUGGAUCACCAACAACAUCGCUCGACACCGCCAAUACCGUUCAUGAAGUCUCGAGUUCGGCCACCCUCGACCUCGGCGACCAGCAAGAGCCUGCUGGCGCCAUGGUGCUCAGCGGCAAGCUCGAAUCGCCCCUCACGCCGGAGCGGACGGCUCGCGACCAAGGUUCGCCGACGGAGCCUCCGUCGAGCAGGGUGACCAUCAACCUUCGCAAACGGGACGACUCCGUAUCGCCUGUCCCUUCACCGGUCCAUGGCAUUCCAAAUCCAGCGAUGCACAGUCCUUGUCGCCCUGCCAUGGCCCGAGAGGCACCGGUGGACGACUAUGAGAGUUCUUCGGCAAGUGCGGGAUCGACUUCGCCCUCAGGCAGCCCCCCGGUUGAGCUCAUCGCCAUCACAGAGGAUGAUCAAGCCUACGACGACGGAGACGCGGAAAUGGAGUGCUCAUCUGCAGGCCUUGCCGCUGACCUCCUGGGUGAUGAUUUACUGCUCAAUGAUCCCAUGGUUCAAUUCCCUUACGUCGAGCCUGAUGAGGCCAUCUGCGACACACUGCAACGCCUAGUUCAUUAUCUUUCAAGUAAAGACACCGUCAUUGACGUCAACAUUAUCCGCGAUGUGAUAGAUUGGCUGAACGACUACUUGAGGUUCGCCGAGUGCUCCCAUACCCACACCGUUCUAGAAUCUCGACGCACCUAUGCCAAUUUUUGGCUUUCCUUUCCCGAUGCACUGGCUGCUGUUGCAUCUAGGCGAUGGGAACUGUUCAAGCAGCCUGCAAGCAAGAGUACCGUCUUGGAUCUCUACUCCGCCAGCGCAGCAUUGACAGGACGCUUCGUCAUACUCGACACAAUUAUCCUCCGUGACUUCCAGUCAGACUCGGGUUCAGCGCCGAAUCUCCUCGCGCCAGCGUUUCUGCAGCAACUCCAUAGCUCCAUCAUGCCUCUCGGCUUCCAUCCACUUGCAGUCCAUGACGGCACGCAACAAGAGCUGGAGGCUUGCAUGGUUCUCAAGCUGCAAGCCUGCCCUGGGGGCAGCGUCGACUGCCUGUCCGAGUAUGCCGCCGCCUUGGUUCGCCUCAUUCCGGAAUCCCCAAAGCUGGCCGAGACUCUUUCGCCUCUGAGCCAAAUACUGAUGGACAUCGUACGAGAAUCGAUGCAUGCUAUUCGAUCUGAAACGCGCACUUCAAUAGAGACAAGACGACGUCUGGAGGUCGGCUACAAAAUUUGGCAGGCCAUCGCAGCCUCGCUGGCGACAACAAUCGACAAACACGUUGCAAGCUUGAACCACGACUGCACUUCGACAGAAAUUCAAGCUCUAGCAGAAACGCUGAAGCUGUUUUGCCACAGCGGCUAUGAGCAGGCGGAAGAGCUCGUCAACGACCACCGAAAGCAGUAUCCAGCUGUCGCAGCAAAGCACACGUCCGAGGCCAUUUCCUGGCAAUGGAAGAUUGACUCCCUGUGCAAGCUUAUCCGCUCUAGCCAGAUGCACCUCCGCAUGACCGCCGUCACCACGAUGUGCACCCAUCUCGUCGGUAUGUGGAAACGGCUUGGUGAAGGUGGAGACGAGCACAGUUCACAACUCCUCGACCACCUGGCAGGCUACCUGCUUGAUACUGGUCUAAUCGACUACAUUCUCGGUGCUGGAUGCCACCCGGAGAUCAUAUUUGAAUGCGCUAAUAUCGUUGGCUUUCUCGUUGUCACCAAGACCUACAAAACGGAACACACCGACAAGGUGUGGAAUGGCCUCACCUCCAGUCAAGACCCCCGCGUUGUCGAUGCCCUGACGCGGAUGAUGACCACCAUCUCGAGCUUGUUCGCCUAUUCCGACCUACUGUACCUGUGCAAGAAGUUCGAGUCCUUGGCCUUGGAGAACUUCUCGCCCUCCAUGCGGGUGCUUCUGGAUAAUGUUUUGAGCGAGAUGAUCAGCAGGUCGCAGAGCAGCCAGUCGAUGCUCAGCUUCCACCCGUACCGACUGUGCCUACGGUUGCUGAGGGAGUCAUCUGCGUUCGCCCCUGGUCCGCAGAUUGCAGAUCCUGAGAUGCAACGCCUAGUGAUGCAAAAGUUUAAGGAGAUGCUCGCCUACGGCCCGGAUCAGGAGGGGCGCCACGAGCUGUAUUCGAGCUGCAUUGUCGACAUAAGCUCUAGAUCGACCACAACCCUGGGAAGUUUGUGGUGCCUUUCCAUGGCCAUUCGGAAUGCAACUGUCGGUCAGAUGCAGGUUCUCAUCGAACAGCAUAACAUCGCGAAGUUAAUCGUCGAAGAGUUGGAGCAUGCAUGCUCAACUGCGCGAGAGGUUGGCUCGUUUCCCGUCCUCUCCGGGGCGAUUAACCAACCGAGGAGAGAUUUCGUGACGAACCUCAUUCAACUCCAGCCGGAAGCUAUCAGCGACGAGCUGGGCGUCAAACUUUGGAAUAUCCUCGUCGGCCCGGAGUCAUCGUGCCUCGACGAUAGAAGAGCAGGUUGGGUUAUCAUGCUGGGCGUGUUGACAAAGGAGGGGUGUCAAAAUCCGUUUCUUCAAACCUGCUUCUCCAAGUACUUGCCAAAUCUUCCGCCAUCAUAUUUCUGCGGCGGCAUGCUUGAGUUUAUCAAGAUCAAGCUCGGCGCUCUGGUGAACCCUCAGGCAACCGACAGCGGCACCGACUUUGCGCUGGACGACGAAGCAGUCAUCGCCAGCAGCGGUGUUGAACAGCUAUGGAGGAUCAUCCUCGACGCCGAUGAUUCGAUGCUUGUCGGUCAGGCCGUCUACAGCCUCGCCGUCGGGGUCUAUCUGGAGAGCGUCGUAAUUUUGGAGUAUCCAAUACACCGGACGAGGCAAGUCCACUUGGCACUGGUAGCGCGUUGCCUGCGGCAGAUGAAAGAUGCGGCAUCCAAUUUGAAGCGAUCCAGCGACGACGCCAUGAGCGGUGAUGACGACUCCAUGGUGAUGAUACUUUCCGACGCAGAGGUCAGCGCCCUGGUGCGCAUCUUCACCCGUUCCUUGCAGCUGCUUCGGUACUUUUUGGAAAAUUAUCAGUCGAAGCCAAGGUUUGCGGUCGCCGACCUGCGGUCUUUCAUGACGAAGUCACCCGAGGAAGUGGAAGGAGACUCUGCGGGGCUCAAGUAUCAAUCUUUCGACGGCGAUGAUCAGACAGACAUAAUACCUUUGAAAAUCGGCAAGCAGAAUACGGUAUCAUCUCUCCUCGCGAGUCUCAAGGAGGAGACUGGUUUCGAGAAUUAUCGAGUGUACUAUCGCGGCCGCCAAUUGCUGCCAUCCGAGCAGGACAUCUGCAAGUCCCUAGAGGAACUAGACGUUCAGGACGGCUUCAUACUGGUGAAGCGGGAGGAAAAUUAUGCCGCCUCACCGGUUCGGAUAAAACCAGGCUCGCUGCCGCUCGAGAUUGAGAUUCUGGCUCACUUCCCGGAGCUGUGGGACUACCUCAGCAUGGAGGACAAGAUAGCGGGGGAGAUCUACGACUUCGUCGUCAAGCUGCCUGCAGAUGGCUAUGUCAUGUCGCUCUUCGACACCACCAACACGUCGUAUAAAGAUCUUUUUCUCCCAGGGCAGCCAUUCAAGUCCUUGUACGCCGUCCAUGCCUUGGUCGAAUACAUUGAGUGUGCUCGUCGAGGCCUGGCCGAUGCGAACACCCCCUACACGUCUGAGGAUCGUGAUGGGUCGGUUGCGUAUGACCAAGCUUUGCAGAAGUCUCUGCAACUUGUUGUGCAGGCCUUGACAGACUCAACUAUAUUUGAUGGCGUCCCACCGCAACUAAAGAUGCGUGUUGCGAGCGCUCUGAUGCAAACCUUUGUCAAGUUGAUUCAGGGUAUCUGCCGCUCACUGACGCAAUACCUCCACCCUGCUAACAUUAUCACAGCAAGGAGCAUCUCCAAGCCGACUGUCGCCGUCAACGAAAUUGAUGUACCUGCACCUGAGCGACUUGUCGAGUUUCUCUCAGACGCCGUUGCCUGUGAAGGUGACUCAGGCCUGCCACUAAUCACGAGCACGUGCAGCGCAAUCUUAUUCCUCAGUCAGAUGCAGCAGCAGUUUUGGGUAAAAAUCUCGGGUGACUCCAUCUUCCGGGCACUUAUCGAGACCCUUUUGCUCUUUGACUCGAGGAAAAUCGUCAGGAUGGCUGCUGUGGAUCUCAUUGCGAGCUGCGCAGAGAGGGAAGUACAGAAACUACAGAUCCAGGAUGCCAAAGGGACGGUGCCCGAGGGUGCCGGGCUUGAAGGCAUUGCCCUGUAUCUUUGGCUGGUCGUGUCAGAACUUCCCCCAGAGGCCGCACAGCACCCGACGCAGUGUGAUGAGCUAUUCGGACUCCUGAAAAAAAUGUUGUUUCUGCUAUCUGAGAAGCUUCCCGGCCGGGUAGACGUGAAUAGGCUGGCAGGUGAGGCAAGCAGGUUGUUGCUGGAGCAUGAAUCAACCGAGGAUAUCAGCCAGCAGGACCCGUUGGACGCUGUUGCUAGUGGCCUCGUUUCCGUUCUGCAUUCGUGCAUGUUGAUAUGCGCCGAGUUGCCCAGCUCCGGGGCACUGCCAGAGCAGGAUCGUCACCAAUUAGGCCAGGUCUUGCAGCUCCUCAACCACCUUGUCCCUUACUACGCGGACGACAACGGUAGGCGCCUCUCAAACGACCGACACUACUCCUUUGCUGACAAGCAAACACUAGACGACCCUUAUCUCUUUGAGCUUCCUUUUCAGUUUGAACGCUCCAAGGCCUUGCGAUCCGCUUCCGGCUACGUCGGAUUGCGAAACCUCUCCAAUACCUGCUACCUUAACUCCCUCAUGACACAACUGUUCAUGAAUCCCGCGUUCCGUUGCUUUAUUCUAGGGGUACCGACUAGAGACCCGACGAACUCUCAGCACCUCCUUUUUCACACCCAGAAGAUUUUUGCCUUUAUGCAGCAGAGCUAUCGUCGCCACGUAGAUCCGAUGGCGUUUGCUUGCUCCAUCAAAACAUACGAGGAUACAACGAUUGAUAUUCACAACCAAAUGGACGUGGACGAGUUCUACAAUCUGCUCUUCGACAGAUGGGAGGGCCAGAUGCCGCGGUCCGAAGAUAAGAGGAAGCUCCGCUCAUUUUACGGCGGAGAGCUUGUCCAACAGGUCAAGUCGAAAGAGUGUGAGCACGUUUCAGAACGACUCGAGCCGUUCUCCGCGAUCCAAUGCGACAUCAAAGGAAAGAGCACGUUGGAGGAGAGUCUGCAAGCAUAUGUCGAUGGUGAGAUAAUGGAGGGCGACAACAAAUACAAAUGCUCAACCUGCGACCGCCAUGUUGAUGCUGUCAAACGAGCGUGCUUGAAGGACGUGCCUGACAGCGUGAUCUUCCACUUGAAGCGCUUCGAUUUCAAUCUGCGGACGCUCCAGCGGAGCAAAAUUAACGAUCACUUUUCGUUUCCUCCGAUGAUCGAUAUGCAUCCUUAUACGAUUGAACAUCUGAGUCUGAGCGACUGCGGAACGGAUACAACAGCAGAUAUGUUCGAGCUUGUCGGCGUGCUCGUGCAUGCCGGCACAGCCGAGUCUGGCCAUUAUUAUUCAUACAUCAGAGAGCGGCCAUUGCCCGCCACCGAGAGCGGUUGGGUCGAGUUCAACGACGAUGUCGUGACGAUGUGGGAUCCCUCGCUCAUGGCGUCGGCGGCCUUCGGGGGCCCAGACAAUAGCCGUUCACUACAUGAGACAAACGGCGUGAUAUAUGACAAGUCCUACAGCGCCUACAUGUUGUUUUACCAACGGUCCUCGUCACUCCAGGCUGAGAGGGAGGCGAUGGCUGCGCAGCAGCUGCCCGCCCCGUUGUGCGUUAACGUACCAGCCCCGCUGAGGGAACACAUUGACGGUGAGAACACCCUUAUUUUGAGGCGGCACUGCCUCUUCGACCCUUCCCAUACGGCAUUUGUCCAGGCCUGCUUUGAUCUGGCCAGGUGCCCUAAGAAGGAAGGAACUGGCGGCUCUGAGCGAUGUGUCGAUCGAGGAGAGGUUGCUGAGCCGCAACCGUGCAGCCAUGACCUGCAGAACUUGGCAAUGGAGAUGGCCUUGUCUCACCUCGAUCAAAUCGUGGGACGAUCAAAAGAUACACCGUCCUUCCCUGCUUUCUCUGCCAUGUUGAAGGCGGCCAUUGUCAACUGCAGCGAAUGCGCCCUUUCGUUCUAUAACUACUUCAACUGCCGUCAUGCGUCGUACCGGGCACUGCUCCAGCGCAACCCAGAACACCAAGUGCGUGUUUUUGCGGGAGAGGCCCUUGUUUGGGCCACUGAAAAGAUUGCCGCUGAUCUCCCUCAUCACUACCUCCAACAAAGCCCCGGAAUGGCAGAUGCAGGUUCAAGUAUCGACCUAGAUGACAUGGACAAGGACGACAGCAUCGAUGCUGCUGAUGAGGCGCCAAAGCAUAGCGUCUUGGAGGGGGUGGUCAUGCUCUUUAAUCACUUAUGGCACUUUUUCCAAUUCCACCUCCGCUCGUGGGACGAAUAUUUCGGUGCGAUGCUCGCAUUCGCCAAGCUCGGGGAUCGCGAAACCGGGUUGCUUCUGUCGGAGGAUUAUUUGAUUAAGCUGAUGCACAUCAUUGCGGCCGACGCAUCGCUUGACUUACCGUCCAAUUAUGCUCGCAUGCUAAACAACGUUCUGCGGCGAGUCAACACGCGGCCGCCAUCCUACUCGGCCAUCAUCACGCUUGCCGAUCACCUCAUGGCCCAGUUGGAGCCGGUACUCGGCGCAGGCGUCAUUGUCGACCAUCCCUCGGAGCGCCUCGGCCAGGAGGCCCCCUUCCCUUGGACGUCGGAAGAAGUGCACGUUGUUCACCAUGAGCCGGAGGAUCAACCCACCAGCUUCCUCGUAGAGAAGCUGCUGCUCCUCGACCAAGCUUGGGACGCGACCAACGACAUCGUAGGUCGGUUGGCUGCAACUGGGGACGUCAUGGAUCUCAAAAUACUCAAUACUCUGCGUCGUAAUAUGCAAGCCGAAGUCUCGACGCAACCCAUCGGCCCAUUUUUGAGAGCGGCGGGUCGAUACGUGGAGUGCACGAGCUCGACAAAACAUGCUGACGCUCUGAUAGUGCAUGCUUGUUCGCAGGCAAGAGGUCUUCAGAAAACCGAGGGGGCCGCGUUCUUGGGCUUCUUCGAGUUGGUAUUGCGCUCGGAGCUGCCCAGUUCCGAGGUUGCCCGAGUAAGGCACAGCAGAUGCCUGAAGCUUAUUCCGGAAUGGGCCCCUUGCCUCCUGGUGUCUCCGGAUGCUGAAACAAGACGGCGCGCUGAACGGCUGAUCGAAGAGCAUGUUUUUCGGCUAUCGUCUGUCGACAAGCCGAUGGAUGAGGUUGGUGUGACUGCUAGAACGGAUUGGUUCGACCGACUAGCAAGGACUAUUGGAAUGAAGUGCUUGGUCUACCUUCGCGAGGAAUACGUCAAUCGCCGGGCCAAGAUCAAACGCGACGCAGCCUUUUCUAUCCUGCAAGUUGUUGGAAAGUGCUCAAGCUGUUUCGAGUCCUCCGAAGACAAGAGAGAUGAUGAUGUCGAGUUUGCUGCCAUCCGGAGUGAGAUAAUGGAACCCCUGCGGCGGCUCAUGGUGGACGAAGCGGACGAUGACAUAUCCGGUAUGACUGGCUCACGAUAUAACCGCAAAUUUCUCGGUGGCUAA